AUGAAGAAGGACACUCCCGAGGACCUACGGUGGUACAUCAUUGCUAAGAUCUGCAUCGAUGGCAAUAACAGGUGCCUACGCGACCCUGUGAUUUACCGAUGCAAUCCGUCUCCUUAUCACCGUACAGGUGACGCCUGGGCUAUCUAUCCUACGUACGACUUUGUUUGUCCUAUUGUCGACUCGAUGAUGCUCGAUGCUCUGAACCUCCGUACUGUGCAGGACUGGGAGUUUUCUCGCACGAACUUCAUCCGUACCCUGGUGUCUAAAGGUAAUCUGACCACACUCGUGAAAGGAGGUGUCGUAUGGGGGUGGGAUGACCCUCAUUUCCCCGCUAUCCGUGGUUUACACCGUCGCGGUAUGACUAUUCCAGCACUUCGUGGAUUUAUUCUCAAGCAGGAUCCAUCUAAGAAUGUGAUUUUAUUUGACUGGGGCUUGAUCUGGGCCACUAACAAGAAGUAUAUCGACCCAGUUGCGCUUCGCUAUACAGCCAUUGGAACCGAGGACAUUGUUAAGGCGACGGUUACUGGUGGACCCGCUUCCCCAUACACGGAGACGCGGCAAAAGUAUGUCGAAAAUACUGGCGAUAAAGACGAAGAGAUCACGCUGAUGAACUGGGGUAAUGCAAUUGUGCGCAAAAUCUCCACAGAUGGUUCUACCGACAAACUGUCCACGGAGGGCCAAAAUCCGGUCCCCGCCGAGCUGGUCGACUUUGACUACCAGAUCACGAAGGACUCGCUGGUAUAUGAUGUCCUCGAGGAUUUUCUCAACUUCGAUACAGAGUUCCGUUUUUAUCGCAAGGGCUUCCACCGUGUGGACUGUGCUCCUGCUCCUGGUGUCCCGGGUGUCUUCUUCAACAUCUCCACCGGAAAGCAGAAGUAG